AUGAUUACUGGUAUGGGAACUAAUUAUUUGGAUGGAUUACCUCCUAGUACUGAAAGACCAAGCACCAUUCCUUCUAGUCAAUCAGAUGACGGCGACGAACUUUGGCUAAAAAUACUUCAAGAAGUUAGCAAUAAAAAUAACAAUGCUGUGCGUAGUAGUUUGAUAAUUUUGGGAAAUGAACGUUCUGGUAAAUCAUCCCUAAUGUCUCGUUUAAUGGGCGGUACACGUAAACCAAUGAAUUCUGUCCUAGAGUACAACUAUCUUCAAAUUCAUGCUGAUGCUAGUGCGAGUUAUGUUUAUCAACUUGGGGGUGGUGCUAACGGUCUACUUGGCCCAACCGAGUCAGCAACCCUUCCUGUUUGGAUUCUUGAUGGACGUGAGGAGAUGGCGCCUAUGUUAAAAUUUGCUUUCCCUCCUUCGCUAGCCAAAUGUGUAGUUAUUUUGUGUGCGUCUCUUGAACAACCUGGAAAUGUUUUGCCAACUCUUAGACGUUGGUAUAGACUACUUGAUGAGCAGAUAAGGCAGCAUUACUCGGCGGAUGAAAUUUUCCAAGCUCAACAAAUGCAAAUUCGCUUUUGGCAAGAAUAUGUUGAGCCAAUUGAGAGUUCCUUGCAUUCCACAGCUACUUUAGUGGAUGGCCCGUCUUCUAAUAUUGGGUCUAUGGUUGGCGAUCAACGUCCUUCUUCUCCACUUUUAUUACCUCCAGAAAAAGGAAUUCUCGAAGAGAACUGUGGUGCUACUCUUUUUGUUGUUAUCACCAAGAGCGAUUUGCACACAGAAUUCAGUACUGAACAACUUGAUAAAGUUCAAUAUCAUGUUCGACAAUUUUGUUUGAGACAUGGAGCUGCUCUGUUUUAUACAUCUGCAAAGGAAGAUUUAAAUACACAAAUGCUCUUAAAAUACAUUGGCCAUCGAAUAUAUGCUCUUCCAUUUACAACACCUGCCUAUAUUGUCGAGAAAGACAGCAUUUUUGUACCGACGGGUUGGGACUCUGAGCAAAAACUUUCAAUUGUCAAAGAAUCACUUGGUUAUGGCUCCGGUCAAGUUCCUCUUCUCGCUCAACAGAACGAUACUCUUCUAUCAUUCACUAACAAAAAUUUUGGCGAAAAAGAAAUUGAAGCUGAAGAUGAGCAAGUAUUUUUGAAUAGAUUAGCGUCGAUGACAGCAUUUGAUUCUUCAAAUCCUGGGCAACCGCGCACUGGCGGUCAGCAAUCGCCUAGACAAGGAGGAAAGGGAGCAGCUGGAGGUCAAGCUGGUGGAGGUGAUAGUAAUAAUACAAUGUUGGCAAAUUUUUUCAGCUCAUUGCUCACUAAGGAAAUACCAAGGCCAGCUUCUAAUCAUUCAAACAAAUCUGGAGACAGUUCAGCCCCUCCAACGAAUGCAGGCAGUGUGGAUGCUGAAAUGCAUUUUAAGAAAAUGUUGGCAAAUAAAAAGAGUGGAUCAACGAUGAAUGAAGGGCAUUCAAGUGAAGAGAAACAAGAGGGGAAUCUAGAAGAGGAUGAAAAAGAUGAGGAAGAGGAGGAUCAAGAAGAGAGUGAAGAAGAAAUACACGAAAAAGACGAAGAAGAUAACGAAGACUUUGAAGAAGUUGAUCCUAAUGUUGUUAAUUCUUCAUUAGAUUCGAAAAAUAACAGUCCAAGAACUGAUUCUAUUCCAACUGCAAUAAGCAAUCAAAGAUUAAUGACAGUCGUGAACGAUAUAGAACAAGAAGACAGUAAGAGUAAGGAAGACGAAAUAUAA